UACGCGUAAACGCAGCCGCGGUUCGCGUCGAGUGUUGAAUGCACUCUCGCGGCUCCGAUCCAAUGGAGUUCCUGUGUCCUCGCGGGGAUCGUAUCGGCGAGAUCGUUAGCCGAGCCAUUCGCUUCGUUGAUCCACUCUGACGCGCUCGAUCCCCACUGAGAUCGGCAGCAACGACGAGUCACGUCGAGGAUUCUUGGCGGUCAUAUUUAUCGGAGAUGGCGUUAUUCCGUAAAUUUUUCGUCGUUCCGAGUGCUGAGAAAAUACCACGACAGAGUUCGAGUAAUUAACGAAUCAUGCUCGUACGAAGCUAAACAAGAACACCUGGAGGAAAGCAAACGAAAGCGCCCCGAUCGAUGAAGGAUCGGUUUGACGAGCGCACAGCUGCGCAUGCGCGCAAUCGGAGCGACACGUUUGAAAUAAUUCAACAACCAAGUCACGAGAAUCACGAGAUCUCGAGACAAGAGCUGGCGGCAAUCCGUGAAGGCUCAGAUACGACGCAUUUCCAUCACAACCGAGAUGAUUCCUGUGAGAUAGAUCAGGAACUUCGCCUCCGACCUGAGUCACGAAUGAGGUUAAGAAUGUUGCGGAUCGACGAUGCAAAGAAUGUAUUAUCUUGGUUCACGCACACACGCCUAUACAUCGAAUCCACCUUCGUUGAUUUACAUCUUCGAGGAAGCAACAGGAUGAUCCACGGAAACAACCUUAUUUAUGGCGAGAGAAACACAGAAGUACGUGUCUCUGGCUGCAAUUUUUCAACCACAGUUUCUCUUGUUUCUUCUCUGCGGUUACGAUAUAACAAGGAUUUCCGUCGAAAGGAUACAUGUGGACAGGAGGACGUAUAUUAUGAAAAUGUUUCCAGUAGAAUGAUGUUGUAUUCCAUGAACUCUUCGAGUGGUUGUCAGAAAUAAGAAACAGAUUGAAUAUUUUAAAACAGAAGAAUUACAUGUCUGAAAUAAUUUUAUUGAAAAAUGAUCGAGGUAAAGACGACGUAUCAUGUCCGAAGAUAAGUUCUCGCGCUUUUUUUCUGAAGUAUAUUUAAUAGAAAAUUUUCGAGAUCUAGAGUCAUGUACUUUAUUAAGCUCAGUUAAUUUUUUAAUCGCUUCACUUGGCUUUAGUUUUUCAUCUCAAAUUUUAUCUCGUGCACUAAUAAUAUUAAAACAUUUUAUGUUUUUCCUUUUCAUAUAGCUACUAGAUUCUCGUGUAAAGAUCUUUUAUUUCUUAGUGUGUAAUGAAAUAUUCUCUAAAUACCUACAUCUAUAUUUAUGCAAGUUUCAUCAUACCGUGAAGUAAUCGUUCAACAAAUACUCGAGACAAGAUUUUUGUUUAA